UGGAGAACCGGAACGAAAAGAUGGAGGUGCUGGUACAGCUGGCGCUGCUGCUGGUGGUGCACGGAUCGCUGGUCGUCCUUGUUGCUGGAAAAUCCAUUCCACGAGUGAUCGACCAGGACUUGGAGAGAUACGAGCCCCUCGAAGAGGAGGAUCAUCAGGGUGUAAGGGUUCCUUUCAAGCUGGAGGAGACUUACGAUCAAAGUUUCCGGGCGAACAAUUUCAACGGUACCUGGAAAACGGACAGGGAAAUCCUUUAUUCGGAUAACUACGUCGGCGAUAUUCGAUUGUUCGACGUUACGACCGGAUUGGGUACCGUUCUCCUCGAUUCGUCUGUGACGGCCGAUUUCGAUAAAGCCUCCGUAAUGUUUUCUUUCGACAAUUCCUACGUAGCCAUCGGCCACGACUACAUAAACGGGUUUCGAUACUCGAUACACCAAAAGUGCACCGUGUACGACAUUAAAUCCAGGUUCACGGAUAUCGCGAAUGGCGAUCGCAUACCACUGUUCAAAUGGUCGCCCACGAGGAACGCUUUGAUUUACGUUCACAAGAACGAUAUCUAUUAUCAGGUGUUCUUCGAGGGUGGCAGCGACACUCGAAGAAUAACGAACACCGGCGUCCCCGACAUCGUUUUCAACGGGAUACCCGACUGGGUUUACGAGGAGGAAGUGCUGGGCUCACCCGUCGCAUUCUGGAUCUCGCCCGAUGGACAACAUCUUGCUUUCGCAACCUUCAACGAUACCAACGUCCACGAUAUCGUAAUAUCUAAAUACGGCUCUCCUGGAAACUUGAGAGAUCAAUAUCCGAACGAGAUCAAGAUAAAAUAUCCAAAAGCGGGUACUACGAACCCAUUCGUGUCCCUGAGCGUGAUCGACUUGCACAAUCCCUCCUCGAAAUUGAUCGAUCUUCGGCCGCCUAUCGAUGUCGUUGGAGCAGAUAACGUUCUUUAUACCGCGAACUGGAGGAGGGACGGCGAAAUUGUUGCAACGUGGACGAACAGGGUGCAGAACAAGGCCCAAUUAGUGCUCUACGACACGAAGGGUAACGCUAAUAAUAUUUAUUACGAGGAGGAGACCGAGGGUUGGCUUCGUAUCCAAUCGCCCCUCUAUCACAACCAAUAUGUGAUCAUUGUGAAGCUUCAAGACUCGGGAACGAAGGCCGGACGGUUUCAGCACGCGACCAGGUUCGAGUACAGGAACGGUCUCCUAGUCGACGAGACGGAUUUGACGCCAGGAACGAACGAGGUCGUAUCCCUGUUGCUCGUCGACCACGCCAGAAAUAGGCUCUAUUAUUUAGGCACGGAGCUGGCCAAACCUUCCCACAAAAACCUCUACUCCGUGCAAUUGGAGGGCAACGAGCCGCCCGUUUGCUUGUCGUGCGAGAUUCUCACCCCCGAGGGGAAUCAUUGCACCUACGCCUACGCCUACUUCUCCAUCAACGCUUCUCAUUACGCGUUGCAUUGCGCCGGCCCCGACCCGGUCUUCAUCACUAUCAUGAACGCGAACCACAGGCAGAUCUUCAUUUGGGAGGAAAAUCGAUCGCUGAGACGGAAGGUGGCAGGUCGAACGCAACCUGUGAUCAAGAAUUUUAACGUGAACGCGAACGGGUACACGAACAAGGUUAAACUUUAUCUGCCGCCCGAUUUUGAUGAGAAGAAAAAGUAUCCCCUGUUGAUCAACGUAUACGCAGGCCCGAACACUGUUAGGAUUACAGAGGAGGCGACGUACGGGUUCGAGUCGUACAUAGUGACCAACAGGAGCGUAAUUUAUGGGCGCAUCGAUGGGCGUGGAUCAGCUUACAAAGGCAGCAAGAUGCUAUUCGAGAUCUAUCGACGACUCGGCACCGUGGAGAUCGAGGAUCAGAUUGUUAUCACGAGAAUCCUGCAGCAGAAGUAUUCGUGGAUCGAUUCAAACAGGACGGGCAUAUGGGGUUGGAGUUACGGCGGUUUCUCCACCGCCAUGGUGCUGGCCACCGACACCGAAUCGGUGUUCAAAUGUGGUAUAUCAGUCGCACCUGUGACCUCCUGGAUUUAUUACGAUUCCUUGUACACGGAACGGUUCAUGGGUCUGCCCACCCCUGAGGACAAUCAGAGGGGUUACAACGACACGGACGUGAGCAGACGGGUGGAGGGUAUACGUGGGAAAAAGUACAUGCUGAUACACGGAACCGCGGACGACAACGUGCACUAUCAACAAAGCAUGAUGCUGAACAAGGCUUUGGUGAACGGCGACAUAAUGUUCCAGCAGCAGACGUACACGGACGAGGCGCACGCCCUCGGAAACGUCUUCCCCCAUCUUUACCACACCAUGGACCGAUUUUGGGCCAAUUGUUUGGGAUACUCGAUCGCCCAUUGACCCGUACCCUCGAUUCGCCCGGAUCAACGAACCGGUAUAAACCCGUGACACGACGAGUUGCCAUAGCAUUGACCGAUCAUCCAACAUGG